AUGGGCGAUAUACCAUACGAUGUAGUGAUUCUCCUGGGCGACUCAACUGUUGGAAAGUCAAAUAUCGCGAGUCAAUUCAUACAAGGCGAAUUCCAGCCUGACUCCACACCAACGAUCGGCGUGAAGCCCACCACCAAGAUCGUGCAAUGCAACUCCAAGGCCGUCAAAGUCAAUAUCUGGGACACAGCUGGCCUAGAAAAAUACCGUGCGCCGGUACGAUAUUACGAUGAUGCGGUAGCUGUAAUGGUGGUCUACGAUAUAACCAGACGCCAGAGUUUUGAGAACGCAGCGCGCUGGUUGGAAGAGGUUCGGAAGCACGGUGAACCUGGGGUCGUUAUUAUGCUCGUGGGGAAUAAAACGGAUCUGGAGCGGAGAAGGUCUGUGACAACAGAGGAGGGGAGGAAAUUUGCGAAACUCAACAAACUUCGGUUUAUCGAAACAUCCGCUUGCGAAAACGGUCAAGUUGAGCGUGCUUUCCAGACCAUUCUAAACGGUAUGUCUGGCCCAUUCUGA